AUGUUGGCAGAGAAUCCAGUGAAUCCUUUGACCUCUGACCUCCACCAGAGAUCACGCUGCACCAAAAAUGGACAGGGGGCGGUGUCCAGGCGGUCGGGGACGCUGCAGAGGGUGGGCACGUCCAAGCGCACGCGCUACCUGGGCGUGGAGACGCUGGCGGAGCUGGUGUGGGACAGCUGGGAGCUGGGCAGGGAGUACACGAAGAGCCUGCCCCUGAAGAACGUGCACACCAAACUGCACAAGCUCAGCUUCAGGGCCCCUGCCUCACGGGUCUUCUCCACCCUGUUUCCCCACACCAUGGUCCUGAGCCCCGGCACCACCUCCACCCUGCCAAUCACCUUCCGCCCGCUGGAGAGGCAUGAACAUUCGGACAGCAUUGAAUUCCACAGCAGCUUGGGGACGUUCCAGGUGUCCCUGCGCGCCACUCUCCCACAGCACGCCCUGGUGGCCCCCGAAUCGGUGCUGCUGGCCCCCUGUGGCGUCCUAGACAGCUCCCAGGCCUCCUUCCUGCUCCACAACACCAGUAAGCUGCAGACGCACUUCCUGUGGAAAGUGAGCGAGCCAUUCCAGCUGUCUCCAGAGACCGGUGUUCUGGGCCCAGGGGAGGAAUGCCAUAUGACAGUGAUGUUCAGACCACAGGGGGCGCUAGUGUUCCAGCAGGCAGCAGCCUGUGUGUUUGGAGAGCAGGGGGAGUGCCAGUGCAGCGUUCUCUUACAAGGCCUGGCCAAAUACCCCCACUUACAGCUGUGUGGCGUGGAGCAGGAGGAUGGCUGCAAUGUGCUGGAGUUCGGCAGUGUGCCCAUCAGCCAAUCCCUGGAGAGACACUUCUACAUCCUCAACCCAUCCUCUGUGAGCGCCUCCUUCAGGCUGGCGGGGGUAGGGCGGGUGCCUCUGGAGGGCUCUGUGUUUGGGUGCGAGGCGCGUGAGGGGCGUUUGUCCCCGGGGGACAGGGUGAAGGUGUCCGUGUGCUUCUCCCCCCUGAGGCCGGACUGCAGCAGUGUGGAGUACCUGUGCCUCACCUGCCACGGCGCCCCCAGCACGGCCUUACUCAAACUGCACGGCAACAGCACAGGCCCGGAGGUGACACUGCGUGCGGCGGUGCUGGACUUCGGCUGCGUGUCCCCGGGUGGGGAGGCGUGGCGGACCGUAGAGAUGGCUAACUCGGCCGCCGCGGAGGGGCACUUCCAGUUCGACACGGACGCCUCGGGGCACAGCGUGUUCACCGUGGACCCGCCCUGCGGCACGUUGCCCGGCGACAGCCGGCUCACCCUGCGCGUGCGCUUCCGUCCGCAGCGGCCCAUCGCCCACCACCGGAGGGCGCCCUGCCUGCUGCUGCACAGGGACCCUCUGUUCCUGGACUUGAUUGGCACCUGUCACUCAGAGGAACUGAAGCCAGCGAUCCUGAGCUCCGAGCACCUGAAGCUGUACGACCUGCACCUGGCCCGGGGGCUAACCUGCUACCCCCCCGACAUCCUGAGCGCCAUGCUGGCAGCGGGAAGCCUGCAGCUCGACCAGGAGGGGGCGCUGCUGCUGCCUGAGGUCAGUGCUCGCCCCCCUGUGGAAAGCGGUGAUAUGACCGAGAGGAACCUCGUGGAGGAGUACUUCCAGGGCGGGGCUGACUCCGCGGGCGUGGGGGCCCAUGUGACGGUGGCCCCGGCUGAGCUGCUGUUCCCGGACGGGCCCCGCUCCCUCCCCCUCUCCAUAACCAACCACACCAAGGGCCGGCUCAGCCUCGCCUGGACCUCCAACCCCGACUCUCCCUUCUCCGUCUCCCCCGCAUCCUGCGACCUGCCCCCCCUCAAGAGCACCGCCUUCAGGGUCACCUACGCUCCCCUGCAGCGCAACACCCUCCACGGGGCCCAGCUGGAGUGCUUCGCCUGGUACACGGUUUUGCGGGACCAUCGGCUGGUGGAGGAGCACACGGUCUGCCCGCCCUGGUGUGUGACCGUCAGGGUCAGCGGACACUCCUUCCAGCCCGGCUGCGAGCACUUCACCCCCCGCUUCUCCCUGCAGCGCCCCCUGGUGGUGUUCCCAGCGCUGGCUGAGGUGUGCUACAGGACUGCUCUUCUCCAGAACGUGGGGGACCUGCCCCUGGCCUUCAGCUUGGGCUCGGAGGGGUCCCCCUCAGUCAGCGUGCACCCCUCCAUCGGCCUGGUGCAGCCCGGAGCCCUGCAGGUCCUCACGCUGAGGGGCGUCCCAACAGAGGACCAGACCCCCACACUGUCCAUCUCCAUGCAGAUCAACGCCACUCCCAAAUACACACAGGCUCUGACAGUGCUGUACGUUGUGGAGAAGCCGCGCGUGUCUCUGGAGGGGGACGGUGUGCUGUUCUUUAAGCCCACGGCGCUGGGGUACACCUCGCUCCGCUCUCACACCCUGAAGAACACGAGCCGCCUCCCCCUGCACUUCCACUGGCGAAUCCCCAGCCCCGACGCCCGAGUGCUCUCCGUCCAACCAGAGAGCGGCGUCCUGCAGCCCAGCGAGGCCCAGGUGCUGAAGUGGUCCUUCGCCCCAUUGGCUGAAAUGCAGUACAAUCUGAGGCCCUGCCUGACCUUCUGGCCAACCCAGGUGCCAGGGAGCAAGAAGUCCCGCCUGUUUCUCCAGGUGGUGGGGCUGGCCUCCACUGGCUCCCUCCAGGCAGAGCAGGCUGUCACAGACCUGGGCCAGUUACUGGCUGGCAGCUGUCAGUCAUGUGACCUGCCGCUGGUCAACAACGGCCCCUGCCCCCUCAGCUUCUCCCUGGAGGUGAAGCAGUGCAUUGUGGGCCCCGGGCAGGAGGACAGUGGCAGGGAGGCUCUGGCCCUGCAGCUGGACAGUCCCAGAGGCACGGUACCGGCCCGGUCCAGAAUGGUGCUGCGUUCCAGAGUCAGACUGGCCCACAGAGCCCAGUACUGCUGGACCAUCAGCUACCGGAUCCUCAGCUCCUCGGGCUCGGAGCUGGCGGGGCCGCAGUACCUGUGUGAGGUGAAGGCGGAGGGUGUGUUCCCGGUGCUGCAGGUGACAGACGUGCGGGGCAGUGGGGGGGUGGAGGGGCUCAGCAAGCUGCAGCUGUGGGGGCUCUUCUCCCUGGACCCCCUCAACGCCUACCUGCGCCGCGACCCCACCCCCCCCGAACUCACCUACAGGGUGCCCACCCGACACAGUCUGCAGGGCUCUCCCUCCUUCUUCACUCCGGUGCUGUUGGACUGCAACUUCAGUGCAGCGCCGCUGGGUUCUGAGCCCUCCAGUGUGCUGCUGAUGCUGGAGAACCCCGGCAGCAUCCCUGUGGACUGGUGCUUCCUGUUCCCGGAGGACCAGCAGCUGGAGCUGGAGUGCUGGGCGGAGAGUGUGGAGUUCAGCCCCACAGAGCUGCUGCACAUGAAGGUGCAGGAGCAGCGGCUGUUCUCCGUCUCCCCCCGCUCUGGAACUCUCCAGCCUGGCCAGCAGAGGGCAGUGCAGCUCACUCACAGGCAUGAUUUUGCUGGAACUGACCUCCUCCCAGUCCUUCUGAAAUUGUCCCAUGGCAGAGAAAUCCUGCUGAACUUCGUUGGCGUGACGGUGGAGAGAGACAUGCCCUACGUUCACUUCUCCUCCAGCCAACACACCUUCACCCCCGUGGCCAUCGGGGGCUUCAGCCCCCCCAGACAGGUGUAUGAGCUGUAUAAUGGAGGGGCGGUCCCUGUAAGGUACCACAUUGAUACGGCACCCCUGGAGCAGCUGACAGAGGAUCAUUUUGGGCACCCGGUCCUGCAGUGUCUGACCCCCCGUGGAGAGGUGCAGCCUGGCCACACGGCUGGUCUCGAGUGGAUCUUCUCUCCCCUGGAGGUCAAAACCUACACAGUGGAUGUCCCUGUGCAUGUGCUGGAUGGGGACUCUGUGCUGGUGCGGUUCGAGGGCCGGGGCUGGGACAGUCGGGGUGCGGGGGAGGCCCGAGGCGGACCCCCCUCCCUGCCGAGCACACAGAGAGUGGCCUUACCUGGACAGCUGGUGUUCCUGUCAGAGGAGUGGGUCUCUCUGGGGGAUAUCCCUGUCUGCUCCCGCAGCACCCGUAUCCUGUUCCUCACCAACGUCUCCCGCACUGAGAGAGUCCUCUACAGCUGGAAUCUGCCCCGGCACCGCCACCAGCAGGUCUGUGUGGUUCCUGACAGCGGGCUCUUGGCUGCAGGACAGAGUGCUCUCUGCAUCCUCACUUUACAGGUCUCAGGCAGCCCCAGCUUCUACCUGCUGGACCUCAUCUGCCAGGUGACGACAGAGCGCGCCAUGGCGCAGUACGAGGAGGAGCUGCAGCGGUGGGAGCAGGAGAGAGAGAGGCAGAGGAAUGAGUUCACCUUCACAGAGCAGGGCAUCGAACCGCCCAGCCACUGCCUGCUGGACAACCACACCCAGGAGUGUGUGACACCCACACAGAGAGCUGGCAGCAUGAUGAGAAAGUACAAGACCUUGCCUCCCAUCUGCAGUAGCAGUGAUGUGUUAGGGGUGAUGGAGGUGAGGCCCAGCCGGGAGGAGAAGCGUGCCCAGAGAAAGGCCGCCGAGGUGUGGAGGAGGCCGGAGCAGCCCCGCCCCUUCCUGGUGCACCUGGGCGUCACCGCCCGCUCCCACUCCUCCCCUGAGCUCCAGAGCUGUUCCCUCUCCCGCCUCAACACACACUACAUACACAGAACUCAGAAUCCCAAACUGCCCAGCCUCCCUGACUCCGGUGACAGAUCACUGUUCAGCCAUGGUGCAGAAAGAGAGAUCAUCACUCAUGCUGUCUCCACUCUCCUCAGGAGCCUCAUUGAUGACCCCCAGUUCCAGCAGUCUUUAGUGGGCAGCUCAGCAGACCCUGUGCCUUAUUUCAGCCAGAUACGCUCUCCCCAGCCCCAGAGCGUCUCUUCCGCUGAGGGGCCCUCUCUGGACCUCAGCCCCGAGUCACAGCUCCAUCGAAACACAGCGAGCGAGUCACCGCUCCACCACAGCACACAGGAGUCAGAGACUCAUCAGAGCACACUGCAGGAGUCACAGAUUGACCAGGACCCACUGAAUGAGUCACAGAUUCACCAGGACCCGCUGAAUGAGUCACAGCUUCAGCAGAACACACUGCUGGAGUCACUGCUCCAGCAGGACACGCUGUGUGAGUCCCAGCCGCCCCAGGACACACAGCUCCAGGAGGAUGGCGUGAGCGAGUCUGAGCUCAGUAACGAGUCAGUGGGCGAGUCAGAACUGGAGCUGCCUUUACAGGAGAGCAUCCGCGGGCUGCCAGAGUUUGCUGACCUGGUGGAGGAUGUGCUGCUGAACACACUGCAGAACCUGAUGACUGAAGCCUUCCUGGGCGAGGUGCUUCUGACGGCCCGCCCACGCACCAUCGCGCUCCCGCCAUCUGCGUCCAGGAAGUCUCCCAGAUGCAGCUCUCAGAAGCCUUCUGCAGGGACAGCUGACAACAGCAGGGAAGUCAUUUAAUCAGAUGAUGGACAGACAGUUUACUCAACUUGAAUUCCUUUUUGAUACUAUCAUGUUUUGAA